AGCAGGGAGACUCGGGGCUCCAGCUCACGGCGUCAUCGGGGGGACACCCAUCUGCCUACAGACAGCCAUUGAUCUGCGAAUGAUUGUGUAUGGGUCUUGUCACCACUCCUUCAGUCGGGAGUGGCAGAAGUCUAGUCUGGCCUUCCAGCACCUGGAGGGACGCUUUCCAUACGGCAUCAAUGCUCAAAGGUGUGGAUCUCGAGGUCUAAUGCUGUGUGUCCAAGCAUUCCUGCUCAAGCACCUGCUGUUUGUCAAGGAGUACCAGUCCAGCAUCUUCCUCUCCAGCGCCCUGCAUCCCAACAGCUACGAGCGGCGCCGUGCCCUGAUUGAUGGGCUGUGUGAGAUGCUGUGGCAGGCUGGGGAGCGGCGGCGUUGCUGCGUGUGUCUGCAGCAGGAACACAGCUGCUUCGGCCCCGACUACAGAUACCGUGUGGACAACAUCACCGAGCGACUUCAUCUAUUUGAAUUCAAGAAACUUGAAGAUUUAAGGAUAUUUAUCAGAAGGCAUUUAGAACAGUUCCAGGGGGACAACAGUUGUGGAUGUAUUCUCUUCCUGUACAGCCUUGUCCUCUCCAGAACUCUGCACAGAGUUCGAGAAGACAUGGACAUGCCAGAAGACAGCAAGUUGAAGCUGCUGACAGACAUGGAGGAAUGCACCCCAUCUCUCAUCAACCUGCUGCUGACAGGCCGCGCGGUGCCGCAUCUACACAACGGAGACAUCCUCUACAACAGGAGAGGCGCUCUACUGAGCCAGCCUGUCCGGGGCAGCAAGCAGCGCAGCGAGGUCGGCUUCCUGUUCUGGGACAAGGGGGAGGCGGAUGACGAGAGGACCGAGGUGGGCAGUAUGUUGAAGACCCCCAAGUUCCCUGUGUGGCUGACGAAGGUGAAUGGUCAGUUUGGCCUGCUGUUCAGCACCAACGUGGACCUGGUCAGUGACUGGCGAGCUGAGCACCGCUUUGCCCUGCAUUACUACACGGGGCUCGUCACCCAGGAGAAGCCUGCACAGCUCACCAUUGACACCCGAUACAAUCGUCUACGCCCUAAGACGUCGCUGCUGAGACGGGAUCAGGAUGACAAGAUCCCUGCCCUAGAGCAUUGCAUCAUGACCAAGUGGUACGGUGCCAAUGUUCUGUGGAAUGGUACUAUUCCUUUCUACUGAUGGUGCUGAGACAAAGAGAACCACUCUGGAAUCCUGUGAUCAUAUGUUGAGCCACCUGCAGGAAGAAACUGACGUGCUCUAAAUGACACUGAGUGUAAGGUGUGGCAUUAUUUAGUGAUACUUUAACGGACAUAAACGAUCAUACCAUAUAGGCAUAAAAACAGACAAUAGGCACAAAUAAUUUGCCCUGCGAGUGCCCCCAAUUGUCUGUUUGGAUCAAACAAGACACUUUGAUUUCAGUCAUCGAAGUCUGGACAUAAAUUUUACAGUACCGGUUCA